AUGGAAGUUGAGCUUAAAGAUGAAGUGAAGCGAGUUUUUGAAAUAAUUCGGAUGAAUCUGGCGUUUACUGGAACGGAUGGCACACCAAGUAAUGUUGUUAGUGCAGUUAUUGACACUGUUUUAGAGCUGGGGAGGAAGAAUGAACAUACGAGAAUAGAUGAGCUUCUCCAAAUUAUUCUUGCAUAUAAAGAGCAUGUGGAAGAUGGAGUGUGUGUGAACGAGCUGAUUCGAAUGAUAGUAACGAGAUUUGAUGAUGAUGCGAUUUGGAGGCAAGGAUUUCGUCUGAUGAAGCAUUUUGUGAAUGUAAGAAGACACAGUAUUGAGCACAUGAAGAUUGUAGUGGAGGAGUGUUUUUUGAAGAAGGGGAUGAGGAAGAAGGCAGUAGAGUUGAUUGAAAGCUACCUGAGUGAGGAGAAGUUUUGUGAAUGGUUUGUGGAGUAUUUACAAGAACUUGAUGAUAUAAACUGGAUGAGACAUGUGAACUGUUUUUUUAAGUAUUUACAUGGAAAGAUUGAUGUGAGAAGAAAUCUUGGAGAGAUGAAAGACAAGUUGAUGAGGGGACGAUCUGGAAGUAUGGAUGGGAAGCAGAAUUUGCUGGAUGAUUCUGAAAGAAAGGCGCUGUAUUCUGAAUGUUGUGAUUUGUUGUAUAAUUAUACUGCUGUUGAGAUGAGUGUUGAAGAUGUAAACGAGGAUGUUUUUGAGUAUGUUAUUCGUGAGCUUGAGGAUCUGUUUGAAAUGGAGCAUAUGAGGGGAGGAAAGCUCUUGAUGGUGUUUUCUAUGAUUUCAGAGAAGGAUCUUGGGAUUUUUUUGAGGAGUGGAAGGCACAUGAUGAAAGUAAGUAUGAGAGUCAAGUGUGCGAUUAGAAGGGAGUUUGAGGAGCGUAAGCUGGACAACGAGCAAGUUUAUGAGUUUAUCAGGUCGAUAAGGCAUCUUCUUGGAUCUGAGUUUCUUGGGCUUGUAAGAUUUAUGGGAGAGAAGUAUAUUGAGGGAGAUAAUAAGUAUCAGUUUGUUCUUGGAGCAGUGGGAGUGAUGAUGGGUAUUGAGGAGCUGCUUGGGAUGUAUGAUGAUGACUUGAUUGAUGUAGAGAGAUGGGCUCCUGUGCUCAGGGCAUCAUGUAACAGCGAUAUUUGGUUUUUUAUGAAGUUGUAUAAGAGAGUGAUUGAGAAUGAAGGCAAGAAUAGCAUGAAGAUGUGUGUUUUGCUGAACUGUUUACCAGCAUUCUGUAAUUAUUGCUCUGAUCACAGUGGAAUGAUUGGAGAAUUUAUAGAGGUGAUGAAGAUGGGCUUGAGUAAUAGAAAUGUUGUGAGUUCUGUUUACAACGGAUUGAAUCGAAUGAUACACUCACACCAAAGCAAUAUCAAAGGAGGACUGGCACUUAGGAACAGCAUUGCUGCAGAGGAUUCGAAGAGAAUACUUGAGGUGAUUUUUUCAAGUGGGAUUGGGCUUGAGAUUCUGUGCAUAGAGAGUGGAGAGGGAUCUGAGGAACUGGAUGUGCUUCUGCAGAGGCUUUUUGAGGUUGAAGAUUAUGGGAUUUGUGAGAAAGUUCGUGAGUAUAUUGUUUAUCAUCCAAAGAUUGAGUCUAUUGGGGUUGGAAGAUGGAACUUAAGUGGAGUGAGUGAUACGUUAAGGGUGGCAAGGUACUUUGUUGGCAGGAUGCACAGCGACUUUGAGUUCUAUGGGAAGUUGAUUGAGUUUGUGCAGAGCAGCGAGAGUGGGAUUCAGAAGCGAGCGUACCAAUUAUUGUGCUGCAUGAAGAGAGAGCAGAAGAUUGAUCUGUGCAUAUGUGACAGCAUGUUUUCGCAUGAGGUUGUAGAAAACCUGAAAGACUCAUCACUGAGAUGGAGGAUUCAACUGUUGUAUGAGAUAUACAAGAAUGGAUGUGGAUGCUUUGAUGGAAGGAGGAAGGAAUAUUUCAAUAAGAUGAUUCCGGCACUGGUUAUUGGGAUGACUGUGAAGAAUGUAAAGGCAAGAAAGGCAAGUGAUGAAUGCCUUGGAGAGCUUGUGAGUAUGCUUGAUGAGGAGCUAUUUGAGUAUUAUUGUAAGAUGCUUUAUGCAGGGAUGAAGUCUGAGAACGUGGAGCUAAGAAGUGGAAUACUUGAAGCCACGGCCUGUCUGAUUGAGGAGCACAGUGAAAGACUGAGUGAUGAGUAUGUUGGAAGGAUGUAUGAGGAGUGUGUGAGCACAAGUAGGCUUGGUAAAGAGGGAGUUUUACAUGUGCUUAGGUUUUUAGAUGUGCUUAUUGAGAUGCGCAAGAUAGAAUAUUCACUCUGCAUUGAGAUUCUUGAGCUUUAUGCAGAUAAUUUUAAGAGGAGAUAUUUAGAGGAAAUUAAGCAGGUCGUUAGGAAGUUGAUUUCCAAGGGAGUGGAGCUGUCUAAGAGGUUAAUCAAGAUCCUGAAUGAAAGAAAGCCAAUGGAUGUGGUUCCCAGGCUUCAGAUAACAAAGAAAAACGAUGUAGUGUUUAUGGAGAGUAAAAGAGGAAAACAUGUAGAACGCAAAAGGGGCGUGAGUGCUAAACCAAAGCAUGUGAAAGGACGAUCACGAGCAUGUCGUAUCAAGAAAUAA